CACCAUCUUCUUUAUAUAACCAGUCAUGUCUAUUUCCACCAACACUUUCCUUGCUGAUUCAGCAGCUCCAAUUGUUGUGUUAUCCGCUAAGAAACACUUUGAGCAGUUACCUACAAAGGAAGCCAAAUUGUAUGCUCAUUAUCUUUCCAAGGCUUCUCAUUGGGGUACAAGGGCAGUUUUGAGAUCGGUAUCACCAGAAAGUGAAGAUAUUUAUGAGUUAAUCUUGGGGAUUCAUGCUCAAUUGAACUUCCCAGAAUCCAACGAAGCUUAUGAAGUUAUAUUGAGCAAACAUUUCCCCGAAAAUCAGAAUGCCGUUACGUAUUAUUUGGAAUAUGCUUCUCAAUUCUUAUCAAAUUUGGGGAACUAUAAAUCCUUUGGUGAUAAGAAGUUUAUACCAAAGUUGAAGAUUGAAGAGCUCGAUACUUUAGUCGAAAAAGUCGGUGGUGAGGAAAUCACUAAGCUUUACUCAAAAGUUCGUGAAGCUAUUUUUGAUACUGGCGUUGGUUUAUUGGGUUGGCCAGAAAAUGGGCACGUAUCUGCAUAUUAUCCAGAUUCACCAUCAAUUACUAAAGAACAGGUUGAAGUAGUUAAUUCAGCUUUAGCUGAUAAAGGAAUCAUGCCUGAGAACACUAGGGUUUUCAAGAAAAACGAAAAUGAAUUCAUUGUUUAUGUUGCCAGUGCAUUGACUUCUAAUACUACUGAUUAUUAUCCAGAAACUAUUGAAGCCAAAGGAUUGAAAAUCCUGUUUAAAUUUGGUGACCAUUCAAAGGAAUUUAAAGAAAUUGUUUCCAACUUAAAACAAGCUCAAAAAUAUGUUGCCAAUGAAACCCAGCAUAAAUUAAUUGGUUAUUAUAUCGAGUCAUUUGAAACUGGUUCCAUGAAUGCUCAUAAAAAUUCUCAAAUUGAAUGGGUAAAGGAUUUGAAACCUCAAGUCGAGUCAAAUAUUGGGUUUAUUGAAACCUACCGUGAUCCUUCCGGUGUUAGAGGUGAAUGGGAAGGUUUGGUUGCCAUGGUUAAUCAAGACCGUACUGCAAAAUUUAGUGAUUUGGUUAAUAAUGCUACUAAUUUAAUUAAAUUUUUACCUUGGGAUAAAUUAUACGAAAAAGACGUUUUUACCCCACCUGAUUUCACCAGUUUGGAAGUUCUUACUUUUGCUGGUUCGGGUGUUCCAGCAGGUAUCAAUAUUCCUAACUAUGACGAUGUUAGGUUAAAUGUUGGCUUCAAAAAUGUUUCUCUUGGUAACGUGUUAUCAGCCAAUCCAAAAAAGCCAAAACGUGAAGAAGUAAUCACUUUCAUUAACGAAUCUUUACAAGAUAAAUUCCGUAAGUGGAGGGAUGAUGCUUUUGAAGUUCAAGUUGGUUUACACGAGUUAUUAGGUCAUGGUACUGGUAAAUUAUUACAGGAAACUUCUUCUGGUAAGUUCAAUUUCGAUAAGGAUUCACAUCCAGAAAUAAAAUCUUAUUAUAAGUCCACCGAGACUUGGGGAUCUUUAUUUGGUAACACUGCUGGUAGUUACGAAGAAUGUAGAGCUGAAUUAGUGGCAUUAUUUUUAAUCUUGAAAAAACCAGCCGAAGUGCUCAAUAUUUUUGGUAUAACCGAUGAAAAUGACCAAAAAGAUGUUCAAUUUAUUGCCACCCUCUUAAUGGCCCGUGCAGGUUUACUUGGGCUUGAGUUUUGGGAUCCCAAAUCUACCAAAUGGGGCCAACCUCACAUGCAAGCCCGUUUUGGUAUUUUCAAAACUUUAUACAACGCAGGUGUCGCCUCUUUGAAAUUCACCGAUGACGGUAAGUACGAUGAUUUGGAAAUUGUCAUUGAUGAGUCCAAACUCUCUACUGCUGCUGUCGAUGCCUUGGGUGAAUUCUUACACAACUUGCACAUAUUCAAAACCACCGCAAACGUUACCGAAGGUGUUGCUUACUACAAUGACAUCACCAACGUCACUCAAGAAUUCCAUCGCUUCAGAGAUGUGGUCUUAAACAAAAAAUUACCUCGUAAGCAAUUGAUCCAAGCAAAUACCUUGAUCACCGACGAUUCUUCAGUUGAGGUUAAAGAAUAUGAAGAAUCUGAAGUUGGCUUCAUCCAAAGUUUCGCCGAUAGAAAAGUAUGAUUCCUUAGCGCUUUUUUCUUUUAACUAUAUUUAUCAUGUUUUUAUUGAAUCGUUCAAUGUAGUUCUGUCUCUUAAUUUUUUUUUGCAUCCAUUUCUAUUCUCCGUGGAUAUUUAUAUACUUUCC